AGCUUGCACACUGAAGGCUGAGCGGAUUCUGUGACCUCCCAACAGUCCUGCCGUCCAAGAUGGCUGCCUGAGUACUGAAUUUUACACCUCUCCAGUGAAACUAAUCCAACAGCUAGCUGCUCGAAACCCCAUUCUGAGUGGUUGGAGAAUGACACGACGACACCGGCGGCGUUUGCUCCUGUUUUAAAUCGGAACUGCUAAGGUCAUGGAGUAAAACCGUUCAGGUAUUAAAGGGAUCAGGGGUCCUUUGUUGUUGCCCAGCAUGGACAGCUUCUUCAAGGCAGCAGUAUGUGAUCUGGACAAACUGCUUGAUGACUUUGAGCUCAAUUCUGAGGAGCUUGAAUGCAAACCCAUUUUCCUGAAGCCCUCAGCGUACCCUUUUGUCUCACUGGGCUCCCCAUGUUUAUCCUCAGAGGCCUCCCCUGUCCCAGCAAGCCUCCCGGACCUCAACUCUCUUCAUUAUGGUUCUGCCUCCCCCAGCUGUCCUGACAGUUCCAGCAAUCACAGCCACAGCUUAGAUGACAGAGAGGUCAGGGGUCAGCCUCUCACUGGGGUAGACCUUCUCUCUUCUGUGGACCGCAGACCAGUGAAAAGCUCCGCCCCUCCCUGCCCAGACAGAGCUCUGAAGCCAGUUUGCGACCUUGUGAAUGACACGAGCUCCGCCAUUCUGAUCCGCACCAACAGCCACGAUGCUUUCAGUGAGCUGGACGUGGUGGAGAAGCAGAUGGAGGAGGAAGAGGCCUUGCUUGUGGACUUUGAGAGUCCUGUUGUGACAGAGGACAGGGGAGCAGGUGGAGAUGCUCAGGAAGAGCAAACCUCUGCUGGGACAGAUGAACUUCUGUCUCUGGACUCUCAUGAGCAGAGCGGUGGAUACUCUGCCUCUCUCAGUCUGCUGGACAUCAUACUUCCUGCAGCAGCAGAGAGAGGCUGUGAGCCCACCGAUGAGUCUCUGCCAACGAGGACCGCCGUGUCAGCUGAUGGAGGUGAGCAGGAUGGUGAAGAUGUAAACUGCUCAGACCAGGUGGUGGAGAACUCUUUAGACCACCAUGAACCAGAGCCAGUUGGUUGUGUACAUGAAAUUACCUCAGAAACUGAACAUGAAGAGUCAAAUGAAGCCUUGGAUGAAGGUGAAGCAGAGUCUUCUUCGGGUGAAAAAUAUGACGCCUCACACAGCGAACCAGUUGGAUUGUCUUGCCUUCCGAUUGCUGUGUCGAUAUGUGGAGCUCUGGUGAACUCUGAGGCCGCAGGAGACGAGUCAGGGGAAGCUUCGGAGCAGUGUGACGAGGCAGACGUGUCUGAGAGCACCGAAGCAGACUCCCUGUCAGCUCUGGAAUUAAGGGUUGAUGCCAGGGAGGACAGGAACCAUUUAGAAGAACCUGGUGACUCAAACCAGACUGCAGAAGAGAGAUUGUCUCCAGAAGGACAGCAUGUCUCCUUUCAGACAGCAGCUUCCGUCUCCCCAGCAGACCUCCCUACCUCUUACCGCUCAGAACCCAGCCCAGCAGAUCCUCCUGAGUUUGGGUUUGAGUAUCUGCCAGAGAGUGACCAAGCUGAACUUCUGGUUACGGAUGAGGAGCUGGAUGCUUUCCUGCAGGUUCAUGCUGAAGCAGAGCAGGGUUCAGGUGUUUCUUACUGUAGCAGUCAUGGAGGUUGUACUCAGCCCGAGUCUCCGUCAGAGUCAGAUGGAGUUCUGGAAAACAGGCUUGAGGAGCAGGAACUGAGGAGCUGUGGUCAAAAGAGUCAGGAGGACUUCGAUCUUGCAUCUCCAGAAAGUGACAGAACAGUUGGUGUGUCUGUAGAGGGAAGUUUAAACCCUGAAGCUCCUUAUGUAUCGCAGAACUCUUGUAGUCCUGAAGAAGACUCAUCUGAGGCAAGUUUUUCUUCAACCAGCAACCCCUUCCAGCACAUCAGUAGCCCCAGUCAGCAGCACUCCUAUGGAGGUGCAAGACCUAAACAGCUAAACUGCCAAAUCGCAAGACCUCCACCAGCAGGAGAGGAAGGAAAGGAGCCGGCUCAGGUGGUCAGCACUUCUCCGACAGCAGAUGAUGAGGAGAGUUCAACCACCAGCCCGAGUCCUAUAGAGGAGCAUCCCGGCUUCAGAGAUUCCAGCUCUGGAUACAGCACGCAGGAGCAUCAGGAUUACUCUUUGGGGUAUGAUGAAUUCUCAGAGCCACCACCUUACACCGGGGAGUCGCCUACAGAUGCUGCCAGGUCAGUGAACUGGAAGAAGGAGGGAGUGGAGGAACUGGGGAGCAAACAGCCUGCAUGGGUGCCAGACUCUGAAGCUCCAAACUGCAUGAACUGUUCCCAGAAAUUCACUUUCACCAAGAGACGGCAUCACUGUCGAGCCUGUGGGAAGGUUUACUGCGGCAUGUGCUGCAACAGGAAGUGUAAACUGAAGUACUUGGACAAAGAGGCUCGUGUGUGCAUACUCUGCCAUGAAAGCAUACACAAAGCCCAGGCCCUGGAGCGGAUGAUGAGUCCUACGGGUCCCAGCCCAAACCCCAACGUCCCCUCUGAGUACUGCAGUACCAUCCCCCCUCUGCAGCAGGCUCGAGCCGCUGGCACUCUGAACUCCCCGCCGCCCACCGUCAUGGUGCCUGUGUCUGUUCUCAAACACCCGAACAACGAUGGUUGUCCACGUGAACAGAAGCGGGUGUGGUUUGCUGACGGCAUUUUACCCAACGGAGAGGUGGCAGACACAACCAGGCUGUCGGUGACGAGUCGCAGGAGCUCCCAGGAGUUCAGCUCAGACCCGACAACACCCGGCUCUGCUGGGUCGGAGACUGGAGUUGGUGGCUUGUCUGUCCCUGACACCUCUGGAGCUGUAGAGGAGGUAGUGCGACCUCCGGUGUCCGGACCCUGGGAUUAUGCUUUGCUUUCUGGAAUCGGUUCAUCAGUGAGGAGGGUUCCCAGUCUGCUGCCUGACAAUGAGGACGAGCUGCCUCCGCUUCUCAUCACCACCGGAGAGGAUGACGGAGGAGAUGUUUUGGUUGAGGAAAGUCCAGCUCCCUGCCAGAUUCUGCACUUACUGGAGGAAGGCGGACCCCGUCCUUUGACAUUUGUUCUGAACGCUAACCUGCUAGUCAACAUCAAACUGGUUACAUACUCCAGCAGGCAGUGCUGGUGCUUCGGCUCUAACGGGCUGCAGGCUCUGGGACAGAGAGAGCUGGUGUUUCUGGUGGAGUGUUUGUCAGAAGAAAAAACUCUUCCAAGAGACCUGUUCUCACUUUAUCUCAGCGUUUACCAAGAUGCUCAGAAAGGGAAGUUUGUGGAGGAUCUGGACAACGUGACGUUCACAAGCAGUUUCUUGGGCAGUAAGGAUCACGCUGGGGUGCUGUUCUUCUCUCACACAUGUCAGCCUCUGGAUGGUCUCACACUCCCCCCACAGCCUUUCCUGUUCGGGUUCCUCAUCCAGAAACUGGAAGUGCCCUGGGCCAAAGUCUUCCCUCUCAGACUGCUGCUGCGGCUCGGAGCUGAAUAUGAUGUGUAUCCCACUGCACUGGUGAGUGUUCGUUUUCGGGACUCUGUGUAUCGAGAGACGGGACACACUAUUAUGAAUUUACUGGCUGAUCUGAGAAACUACCAGUACAGCAUGGCGGCGGUGGACGGCCUGAGGAUCCACAUGGAGAUGGGCCACAGCUACAUCGACAUCCCCAAAAGUAGCUUCAGUGAGAUGCAGAAGGUGGUGAACUCUUCCAACGAGCACGUCAUCAGCAUCGGAGCAAGUUUCAGCUCAACAGCCGACUCACACCUGGUGUGUUUCCAGAACGAGGAGGGAAACUAUCGGACGCAGGCCAACAGCAUGCCAGGGAAGACUCGCACAGUAACUGGAGCCAGUUUUGUGGUGUUUAAUGGAGCGCUGAAAGCCUCCUCGGGUUUCAUCGCAAAGUCCAGCAUCGUUGAAGAUGGGUUGAUGGUUCAGAUCCCUCCAGAGACCAUGGAGUCUCUGCGCUCCGCCCUGAGGGAGCAGACGGACUUCCACAUACCCUGCGGAAAGAACGAUGGGGGGGAGGUUCGAGAGAAUGUCACCGUCCGCUGGGUCGACUGGACCUCACCUGUCAACACUGGCACAACUAGUGGGGUUGAUGGGAGACCUCUGGGUGGUGUUCACAGUGUGAGGAUGCAGCAGGACACCGAGUUUGAGUCGGACGGUCGCACCAUCAGGUGCACGGAGGUUUUCUACCAGCUGAAGUCUCCUGACUGCAGCCUGGCGGCGGUGCUGGCGUCCUGCAGCGUCUUCCAGAAGGAGAUUGCUUUGGCAACCUGCAGCGCUCUGAUGCCUCACCUCGCUGUUCUCACCUCCAGCGGCAUCAACUCGCUCUCACUUCGCAUCUCCACACAGGCUGACAUGGUGGAGUACCAGGCUGGUUCUGGAGGCAGGCUCCUCCCUCAGCGCUACAUGAACGAGAUGGACAGCGCCCUGAUCCCCGUCAUCCAUGGAGGUAGUGCUAGUGUACCGCAGACUGCCAUGGACAUGGAGUUUGUCUUCUACAUCACAAACGCCAUCUAACAAAAGCCAGGAUUAACUCACAUUUUGGGAACUUCCAGUGAUUGGGAAGUGGUCGAACACAGGGAGCAUUUUCUCCGGUUGCACAGGAGGGACGGCUCUCCCACUCUGAGGUGUUUCAGAGGGAUGAAAACGGAUUUUCUGUGUGUUUGACACUCUCACCAAAGCUGCUUUAAAACUAAAAAGCCAAACACUAAACACAGAAUAUGGCAACACAUAAGCAAACUGUGCUCCUCUGCUCUGCCUUCCAGGCUCCCUGCUGGCCUCCGGCAGCUCGGAGCUCCUCAGUGAAUGUUUCCCACAGACACUCGAUCCAAACGUCCUCAUCCGGAUGUGUUUAAUAUAUUUUAAUACAAGCUUAUUGAAUGAAACGACUGCAGGGAUACAGAGCUGGCCUGCCCUGGAAACUCUGUAAGGAUGAAAAGAUGUCUGAUUUCACUUCCCAUCAGUGUCUCAUGCAGGUUUGUACACAGAAGCACAACGAGCCUCGUGCAGGAACAUCGAGACUUUUUGUCCUGCAGGUUUAAAUCAGCCAAACUCUAAAACUCUGCAGACGCUUCUGUUUCAGAAUGAAGUGCCACAAAACUCCUUCAGUCCUGUUCGGCCUCAAUAGUUGGCAAGUUAAAGCUACACGCAGCGGGAGAAGAAUAACAAAUUAAACUCAUUUAACAGCGUAAACAUUAAAAUGACAAAAACCCAACACAGUGUUGCAGCAGUGAAAGCAGGUCCGUGACUUUAACAUGCGCUUAAAUCAACAUGAGAGGUUUCUGCAGCCUCGAACCUCAAUGGCUGCUCUGAAAUACUCCAAUAAUAUGAUCAUGUAGAAAAGCUGCAGCAGUUUGAAUCUGGCUGGAUGUCUGGAGCUUUUUAACGAGCAUUUUGAAGGUGCACAUUUGAAACGUUUGAUGGGAAAGGUAAAAAAAUAUUCAUCGUACGGACCUUCAACCACUGGUGGAAUUUGUUUCAUCCUUCCACUUCCACCGCUUGUUGAUCGUCUUCAGAAAACCUGCUUUUAACUUUCUGUAGAUAACGAAGGAAGAAAGAAGUAAAAAUGGCCACCAAGUGAAGUGAUUCUUUCCAUCAGAAUCUGGGAACAGAAAGAAGAGUCAUUUCUUUCAUUCAUUUAUUCACACCAGAGUUAAAACGCAGUUUCUCAACUGUUCAGUUCAAGAUUUUAUUUUUUUUUAUUUCUUAAAUAAAUCUCAGCUCUGGAAUCACUUAAUUCUUGCCUGCAGGUUUGUGUGUGUCCAUAAAAAUGAAUGAAUGUGUAAGUUGUUCCUGCAUGAGGCUCCGUGUGUCUCUAACAUGGUUUUCAUCUUCACCAGUGGUUUGGCCCAAAUAUGACCUGUCUGACACAUUUUCAGGCUUGUGAGGUUGAGUGACAUUAAAAUCUUGUCCUGGGUGAAAACACCACCUGGACGGGGUUUAUUGAUUACGUUGAGCUGGGGGUGGAUGUUCAGACACUCACUGCGGUGCCAGGAAGGGAGAUUUAAACACAUAUGUGACAUUAAACGGCACGUUAAUGAGCGUGUAGGUGCGGCUCCUCUGAUGGCGUUAAUGUUGUUACUUCACCGCAUCGUAUUGAUUCUCAUGUAGUUCAGUUUGUUCUGUGUUUCCAUCAUUAUUCAACUUCCUGUAGUUUCACUCAAACUUUAACUCUGAGCCAGCGAAAUGCAGCAGAGGGACGAUUAUACGGAGAUUAAAGAUAUCAGCUCUGAUGCAAGCACUCCGCCUAGAACUUCAGUUUUUUUAUUAUUAUUUUAAUGUUUCAGUCUUCAGUUAUCAGACUUUUGCACAGCUGAUUGAAUCAUUUGCAAAUUUUUCCAGUUUUUUUUUUUCUCCAAAUCUCAGUGCAGAAUUCCCAUUAAGCCCAAGAAAUUGUGAAUUUAUCUUAACAAAAAGUCUGAAAAUCUGAAAACAAGCAACUUUUGAAGUAAACAAAGCCGAUGUGGAGCAGCUGCCUUCACUGCACAGAAAAAACUUCAGACUCUAAACUGAUUUGUCCUUACAGCCACUUUAAGACACUCCAGCAUCAUUUAAACAAAACAAAGCACAUUCUUCAUUUGUUGGUUUAUUUUUCCCACAAUAUUAAUGUUUUAAUCCUCACGACAUCAGAUUUGAUUAAACCAGAAACCUAUGAAAAUGUUUCAACAAAUUGUCCUGCAUUGAAAGGCAUGUUAAAUUUCAUCCGAACAUUCAAACUGAGCUGAUAUGGCAUGGUGGGCGGAGCCUGAUCAGGCAACAGGAGCUAACCAAUCAGAGCAGAGCAGGCUUUUUUUUGUAGGUUUUUGGGAACUUUUAAGUUUUUUUUUUUUUUUUUCUUCUUUCUUUUUAAUCGGCUUCUGUUUAGUCAGAGGAUUGUCUUCUAGUUCAAAAGUAAGAACAUUAAAGCAGUGAUUGUGUGCACUGUUUAAAUCAGUGCAAUCCUCAAUCGGGGCUGAUUUCGCCGGUUUUUGGGGCAAAGUGCAGUGUUUCACAUCUCGCCCGACUUUCUGAGUCGCUUGUCCAAAUGUAUGAAAAAUAUGCAUAGAGAUUGUGUCAAGUCUUUGUUUUUUUUAAUAUUGAAAAGUUAUUUUUGGAGUUAUUGAUAUAAAAAUGGGAAAAAAUAGAAUAAGAGUCAAUAUUUUUGAUAGGAUGCAGGCUGCUUCAUUAGAAAGGCAAAAACAAUUAAUUCCAGAAAUGAACAAACUUUUGUUGAAGUGCUUUAGUUUGACUUGAAUGUUGAAGUCUGCAGCUUUGACCUGCUCCUCACAUCUUAUUCCAACUUUAUUAACACUCACAGAGACAACAAGUUGUACGUUUUCAUGAUGUUUGAUAUUUAGUGGCCACAGCUCAGUAAUGAAUUUCACGUUAAGUAACGGGCUAAAUAAAGCAUUAUAUUUUUAAUCAUAUGAAACCGGUAUUAGUUUUUCUGUUUUCAGACAUUUGUGACUGUUUGAAGCAGCUGAGGUUGAUAAGAUUGAAAAUGUGCUGAGUUACAAGACAUUUGCUGGUGUAGACACAUGAAACUUCAUUAUUAAUAACUUCCUGUCUCCUGUCAGUUGUCUUUAUAUAAGAUCAGUGUUGUCUUCAGAGGGAAAUGUGUUUGAACAUAAUAAGCAGGAGGUCAAUAAACGUAAUCACGUUGCAUCUGUGGGAUGGCUACAGCAUGCAUUAGUUAAAAAUAGAAAUUUCUUUCAUUCCAAGCUUCCCAAUGUUCCCUCUGUUCGGUUGUAUUUAACCUAAAUAUGUGGGACGCGUGGUUGAUGUUGAUAUUUUAGCCUUGUGUAAAAUAUCCCAAACUCUUCGGAUUCAGGUGUUCAUGAAAAAAAACAUAAUGCAUCUCAGUGAUGCUCCACCUGAUCGGACUCCUUUGAGCCUGUUUUAAGGGGCUUAUUUAGCUGAGCCCUGUUAACAGGAUAAAUCUGAGCAGAAAGCAGAUGAAAGGUCGAAGCUGCAGGCGGCGAUCUGCAGAAAACAUAUUGAUCUCAACAAAGUAAAGUACACGUCGUUUUCAAUCCUGACCUUUGGAUCCAGACUGAGCCGGGUUUCCAUACACUCCGUCAGGGCGGGAACAUUUUUGGGAGGUAAAUGGUUAUUCAGUUUUUUGUUUUUUUGUUUUUUUCUUGCUUGAUUUAAAAACAACUUUCCACUACAGUAUGUCAGAAUGAAAAGUUACUUGUAUGAUCUGAUCGUUUUUGAAGUGUUAUUUCUUGUAAAUCAUCUAUUUAUUCAUAACACCAGCUUUGUUUUGGUGACCUUGGGGGUCUAAAUAGCUUGUGUAUUUAAAGAAUAAAAAUUACUUUUAUGAAAAA